AUGUCUACCACCGUAGAGGCCUCAUCCGCCCCAUCCCGCCCCGCCCCGGGCGCGGAGCCGGACCCGGCGAUCUUCGUCCGCGUGCGCACCACCCUCCCGCGCCGGCCGCUCCCGCCCAACGCCACCCGCCAACCCAUCGUCACGGAGCGCCUCAUCCUGCGCGUGCUCACCAUCGAGGACCUCCCCGCCAUCUACACCCUGCGCACCCAGCCCGAGGUCAUGCACUGGACCGCGGUCGGCCUCCCCGACCAGACCAUCGAGGAGUCCAAGGCCAAGCUCGAGCCCUUCCUCACCCCGCGCGACGAGGGCACCUUCAAUUUCGCCAUUUGCGACCGCGCGUCUGGCGAUCUGAUCGGUCUCGGGGGCUGUCACAAUUAUCGGUCGAGCCUCGGCUGGCCCGAGGUUGGGUAUAUGAUCCGCAAGGAGUACUGGGGUCCGCGGGCUGGGGACGGAGUUCUUGAGGGGCGUGGCUGCCGGUGUGGAAGCGCGCUGGAGAGGGAGGAGGUGGAGGUGGAAGUUGAUGCGCGGACGGUGGAUGAGGAGGAGAGAAGGAGGAGGGCGGGGAUGGGACGGUGA